CACACUGUUUUCCUCGGUCUCAGUAAAUAAGUGAUAAAUAUAUGACGUCAGUUCAGGAAACUAUUAAAAGCGUAGGCAUUGACGUCAGGGGUGGACAAAGCAUUCAUCCGUGAGAAUUUGCAUUUUUGCUGAAAUCAAGCCAGUGACUGGGCACAAAUGUCUAACUUAGUAAACAUAUUCGUCAUAUAUUAUACUCGAAAAUAACUUCUAUGUUCCAGUUGCUGUCAAUGAAGAAAGUCUUGUGAUCAGCAUUGAUCGUAUACCCAGUUUAGUAAAGGAUUAAUUGGGAUGUUACAUAGUAGCAAGCUUUGUUUGUAGUCAAACUAAAGUUCAAAGAUAAGACAAGUCAAAGACAGACAUCAAACAGCGUGAAAUAAGCCUGAUUAACUGAAGAAACAGCAAAGAAAACGUCUAGGUUCCAAGCAUAUUCCAAGCGAAUCAAAGCAGACACUGAACAGCCGGCCACAAGAACUACCUUUACAUUUUUAUCCAUAGACCAGUUCAAACCAUGGAAUACCAUACCAACACAACAGAACGAGAAGAAUAUUUCAUGGUAGGAUGGUUUAAAUAUCCCAAAGACCUCGAUGUCAACUAUGAUCUUCUUCAAUUACUAUAUGUCAUCAUUAAUAUCAUAUCUCUGCCAUUAAAUGUCAUAUUCCUAGCAAUGAUAAUCAAAAACCCUGGCAGUAAAACUUGGACUAAUAUGAGCAUUAUACUCGCAAGUUUGAGUAUAAUGAAUUUAGCUGCAAACGGUGUUUCUACAGUGAACGAAGUUUAUAAAAUAUAUGAAGGAGAUCAGACAACACUUAUCAGUAAUAAUGUGAUGACAAGCAUCCUGGCAAUGGCGUUCACAAAAUAUUACGUUAGUACUUUCCUUUUAGCGUUUAUUACAUACGCUAUGAUAGUUAAACCAUUGCUGUAUAAAGCUAUGUCACCUAAACCAAGAACUAUGGUGUUUAUAAUUCUAGCACUGUGGUUAACUGCUGCAGGAGUGUUUCUAAUUCUACCAUUAUUUAUCGACGAUUACAGUGAUAUUACGCAGACGAUUGUGGCAAUAUUUACUUGGCUGUUUACAUUUGUGAUGGCGAUUAUGUAUGCAAAAAUUUUGACCACACUUCGACGUAGAAAACGUGAACUACAAAGCACAUUAAAUGUGGCAGCCUCACGUCAGGGUUUACUGGUUAUUAAACAGAAUUCAAAGCUGGCUACAACACUGUUUGUAUACAUUAUAAUCUUGGUUUUAAAGACAUUACCCAUAACAACAUGUUUAUUUUUAUUAAUUAACUGCCCGCCAUGUAAUAAACCGCUAACUAUAAAGCUUAUUCUACAUCUCAUUCCACCUACGUGCCUAAUGUCUGUCUUGUUUCCAAUCCACUGGCUGUUCGGCACGCCACAGUACUACAACGAGAUCAAGAGACUGGCUUCGAAACUGAUGACGUGUUUCAAACAUUAAAUGCCACAGAUCUCAAAUGAAAACUGGAUAGCGCAAUCCGUUGUUAACUGGUACACAUAAUGAAUCCAGUUUUAAUACCAUUUGAGAUUCAGUUCAGUUUUAUUUGUAAGAUCAUCGAUUGAAAACAUCCUUACAAUGUAUUAACAGAGAUAAACGGAGAUCAUUUAACACGAACAUGUAAUUACAUGAACGGGUAUUAACAUGUAAAUUAGGAUACCUAGCCAUUUGCAUGCAAAUAUUUAACAAAAGGAUAUUCUGCAGUCUAAAACUUUUAUUCUGAAUUAUUCUUCUUUUAUCAAAGAGCAAAUAAUGUAAUACUCUAAUAUGAAGAGACAAAUACUGUAUUUCUGUGAUAUUGUAAUAAAUUCAUUUUGAAAUC